AUGUCUAUCACCAACUCUGUUAUUGUGCCUGCUUACCAUGAGAAGCUGAACGUCAAACCUUUGACCACCCGACUGUUCGCUGCUUUGGGCAACGAGGGUUCGAAAUGUACUGAACUAAUCUUCGUCGACGACAAUUCUCAAGACGGUUCUGUCGAAGAAGUUGAGGCUUUGAAGAAACAAGGCUACAAUGUCAAGAUCAUCGUCAGAACAGAUGAGCGUGGUCUGUCCUCUGCUGUCUUGAAGGGAUUUCACGAGGCGCAAGGUGAAUACUUGAUUUGCAUGGAUGCCGAUUUACAGCACCCUCCAGAGAGUGUUCCACAGCUGUUCGACUCUUUGAAAACACAUGCAUUUGUGCUAGGUACCAGAUAUGCCCCUGGAGUUGGAAUUGACAAGGACUGGCCAUUGUAUCGUAGAGUUAUAUCGUCCACUGCAAGAAUGAUGGCAAGACCUUUGACUACCGCAUCCGAUCCGAUGAGUGGCUUCUUUGGUCUGCAAAAGAAAUACCUGCUUCAAGCCGCCCCCAGUGAUAUCAAUUCGCAGGGUUUCAAGAUCGCUUUGGAGCUGUUGGCGAAGUUGCCAUUGCCAAAAACAAAUACCAUUGGGGAAAUUCCAUUUUCCUUUGGCGUAAGAACAGAGGGAGAGUCAAAGCUAUCCGGAAAAGUCAUCAUUCAAUACCUUCAACAAUUGAAAGAGCUUUACUUUUUCAAGUACGGUGCCAACAAUUUGAUCCUCUUUUUUGUCUUCUGGUCAAUUCUGGCUCUCUAUGCACUCUACAAGCUGCUUGCCCUUGUUUGUUGA